AUGCCUACUGAAUUGGAAGAAUUAGUAUCCUUCUUGCACUCCCCACAGCCAGCCGUGGUUUCUAUAGCCUUGGACAACUUGGUCGGAUAUUCCCAGGGUCCACAGCUGCAAGUGUUUGCCUACGACAACUAUGAAGCUAUCAAGGACUUGAAGAAAUUGUCACAAGAAAAGGGAAAGACCCAUGUCGUCCAGUCUGUCACAAUCUUGGCCAACUUGUGUGAUGAUUUGACCAUGAGAAACUUGAUUGUUGAGGACGAAGCCUACUUGAAGUAUUUGGUAUCGCUGAUCGUCAACGUCAACAACUCCAACGCCGACAUCAUGUGUAUUUUGUUGACCAAUUUGGCCAAAAAUGACUCCAUCAACAAGGUUUUGGACUUCACCAUCGACCACAACGACGAGCAGAAGAAGAUAUUCAAGUCCAACAAAGCUAUGGACUGUUUGAUGGAUUGCUUUGUCAAAGGUUUUGAUAGAAGCUUGAACAAAUAUGCCGACUACGACUAUUUGUCGUACUUCUUUGCUGACAUCUCGCGUUUCUCUCAGGGAAGAGCCUAUUUUAUCACCGAGCAGGAAUACGACGCAGUGGUACCUCUUUCCAAGUUACUUGUGUUCACUGAAAAGUACGACUCUAGAAUCAGAAGAGAGGGUGUAGCUUCUACCAUCAAAAACUCAUUGUUCGACACCAAUGCCCACUUUAAGUUAGUUACCGAAGAAAAGAUCAACAUAUUGCCAUACAUCUUGUUGCCAAUAGCGGGCCCAGAAGAGAUCGAUGAAGACGAGAUGUUCGAUUUACCUGAUGAAUUGCAAUUGCUUCCAUCAGACAAAAAGAGAGACCCUCUCAACACCAUAAUCUGUGUCCAUUUGGAGUCUUUGUUACUCUUGUGUACCACCAGACAAUUAAGAGAAUAUCUCAGAGAGAAAUCGGUCUAUACAUUGAUAAGGGAAUUACACAAGGCAGUCGAGGAUGAAAACGUCGCCGACUUGUGCGAUAGGCUUGUCCAGAUGUUGCAGAGAGAUGAAGCUCCAGUUGAAGCAGAAGAUGAAGAAGAGAGUGAUGAUGAUGAUGACAAGAUCGUCGAGGUGUUGUAAUUGAAAAAUAGUCUCCACAUAGAUUUUCUCCGUCUUUUAACAUAGAUUCUAUCUACUAAUACUUACUACUCCUAUUCUAGUUUCUAUGUGACAGCUUCUAAACAAUAGACUCUAUACCAAUAGUAUACAAUAGUUAUAUCAUCAUGGUUCU